UGCUGUAAUCGUGUGUUGCGUUUGCCUCACUGGUACAGUGGCAAAUCAACUCGUGACUUUGGUGCGAACGGUUCUUCAACUUCAGCCGUCGCAGUAGCAGCAGCUAGCCAAGAGCUUGAUUUUCAUUUUGCCCCUUUCGAUUGCGUUUCUGAUCCGCGGCCAACACCAGCGAUGGCAAGCAACACCCAGGGAAUCCAGCAGCUGUUGUCCGCUGAGAAGAAGGCCGCCGAAAAGGUCGGAGAGGCCCGCAAGCGAAAGGCUCGCCGUCUAAAGCAGGCCAAGGAUGAGGCCACUGAUGAGAUCGAGAAGUACCGAGGCGAGCGCGAAAAGCAAUUCAAGGAUUUCGAAGCUAAGCACAUCGGCUCACGCGAGGGUGUAUCCAACAAGAUCGACGCCGACACUCGGGUGCGCAUCGACGAGAUGAACCGGUCCCUCAGCACCCACAAGGAGUCCGUGAUCAAGGACGUGCUCGAGUACGUCUAUGCCAUCAAGCUGGAACUGCACAAGAACUAUCGUCAAUAGAUGCAAGCAGACGGAGGGGAAACGACCGUACCCGCUGAAGACCGCCCAACAAGGACAGAAGUUGAUUUUCACUUAGAUACAUCCGCGCGCUGGCCAUAUGGUUCGUUUUUUGUUAAUUUUGAAUUGUUUAUUUUCUUUUACAUUCCCUGGCGUCGAUGGUUGUACAACACUUUUCUCGCUUAUUUUGCCUAGUUAUUUUCAAAAUUUAACGCAAGAGAUGCGAUGUGGUUCCAUGGUGGUACCACGUCACUAUAUUUAUAGUAUUAACUGAAACAUAAGAUCAUGCAAGAAGGAAACGCUCUAGGUUAAGAAAUAUAACGUAAGGAAACCAA